AUGACUUCGACCAAACAGGUCCCAAUUCCGGGUCCUAAGGGCGUCCCAUUCUUGGGCAACAUCUAUGACAUCGAGCCCGAGGUGCCCGUGAACAGCUUCGAGCUGAUGGCCGAUAACUAUGGCCCAAUCUAUCGAUUAACCACAUUUGGGAGAGCACGAGUAUUCGUCAGCUCCCACGAGCUAGUAGACGAAGUAUGCGACGAGGAACGCUUCAGCAAAAUGGUUUCUGCUGGUCUGAAUGAGAUCCGCAAUGGCGUUCAUGACGGUCUCUUCACUGCAAACUAUCCCGGUGAAGAGAAUUGGGCUAUUGCGCAUCGCAUUCUUGUUCCUGCGUUCGGUCCGCUGAUGAUUCGCGGCAUGUUUGAUGAAAUGUAUGAUAUUGCUACUCAACUGGUUAUGAAAUGGGCUCGGAUUGGCCCUACAGUUCCUAUCCAGGUUACGGAUGACUUCACACGUCUGACGCUGGAUACGAUUGCUCUUUGCGCUAUGGGCACUCGCUUUAACUCGUUCUAUCAUGACGAGAUGCACCCAUUCGUUGAGGCAAUGGUUGGCUUGCUGGCCGGGUCUGGAAACCGAUCGCUUCGACCUGCUUUGUUCAACAGCUUGCCCACUUCAGAAAACAACAAGUACUGGAGUGAUAUCGAGUAUCUGCGGAACCUAGCCCGGGAAUUAGUCGACUCACGGAAGGAGAACCCCGUUGAGAAGAAGGACCUUCUCAACGCACUCAUCCUGGGUCGGGACCCCCAGACUGGCCAGGGUAUGACAGAUGACUCCAUUAUAAAUAACAUGAUAACAUUCCUCAUCGCUGGUCACGAGACCACCUCCGGCAUGUUGUCGUUCCUGUUCUACUAUCUUCUCAAGAGCCCGAGCGCAUACAAGAAGGCCCAAGAGGAAGUCGACCGUGUGAUUGGUAAACGCAAGAUCACCGUCGAUGACAUGUCCAAGCUGCCAUACAUUACCGCCGUUAUGCGCGAGACGCUGCGUCUGAGACCAACCGCCCCGAUGAUUGCCCUACACCCCCACCCCACCAAGAACAAGGAAGAUCCUGUCACACUAGGAGGUGGCAAAUAUGUGCUUCAAGAGGAUGAGACGAUUGCGCUCAUGCUUGGAAAAAUGCAGCGCGACCCGAAGGUCUACGGCGCCGACGCCGAUGAGUUCAAACCAGAGCGAAUGCUCGAUGAAAACUUCGAGAAGCUGCCCAAGAACGCAUGGAAGCCAUUUGGAAACGGCAUGCGAGGCUGUAUUGGACGGCCGUUCGCAUGGCAGGAGGCUCUCCUUGUGGUUGCGAUCUUGCUCCAGAACUUCAACUUCCAGAUGGACAACCCUAGCUACGACCUCCGCAUUAAGCAGACACUUACCAUCAAGCCCAAGGACUUCCAAAUGAAGGCUACCCUGAGAGAUGGACUCGAUCCUACGCAGCUCACCACUGCCCUCAGUGGCUCUACUGCUCUACCCACAGAGACUGGCGCCGGCAGCCGGGAUCGCAAGCCCAAGGUUGCACCAGUGGACGGUACGCUGAAGCCAAUGCACGUGUUCUACGGCAGCAACACAGGAACUUGUGAGGCAUUCGCCCGCAGGUUGGCUGAUGAUGCCACUGCAUAUGGGUACGUUGCGCAGACAAGCUCUUUGGAUUCGGCCAUGCAGAAUAUCCCGAAGAACGACCCUGUCGUCUUCAUCUCGGCGUCUUACGAAGGACAGCCUCCGGAUAAUGCGGCUCACUUCUUCCAGUGGCUCAGUGAGCUGAAAGACAACGACCUAGAAGGCGUCAACUACGCAACAUUCGGUUGUGGCCAUCAUGAUUGGUCGUCCACUUUCUAUCGUAUUCCCAAGGCCAUUGAUCAACUCGCCAAGGACAAUGGUGCUACCCAGCUCUGUGGUAUCGGUCUUGCCGAUGCAGCUCACUCAGACAUGUUCACCGACUUCGAUAGCUGGGGUGAGACCUCAUUCUGGCCGGCCGUCAUGGCCAAAUUCGGUGGAGCUAGCCCUGAUCAAGCUAUCAAGCCGAAGUCUUCAUUGCAGGUCGAAGUGAGCUCGGGUAUGCGCGCAUCCACCCUUGGUCUUCAGCUCGAAGAAGGCUUCGUCAUCGAAAACCAGCUCCUUACACCACCCGGGGCCCCAGCGAAACGAUUGGUCAAGUUCAAGCUGCCAUCGGACAUGACCUACCAGUGCGGUGAUUACCUCGCAGUGCUGCCCGUGAACCCAAGCUCAAUCGUCCGUCGCGCAAUCCGCCGCUUCGACCUCCCCUGGGACGCCGUAAUGAAAGUUCAGAAGCCCUCAGGCUCCACAGCCUCCCCCUCAAUCCCCAUCGACACGCCGAUCUCAGCCUUCGAGCUCCUAUCCACCUACAUCGAGCUAUCCCAACCCGCCUCGAAGCGCGAUCUCAAUGUCCUAGCCGAUGCUGCCAUCUCAGACGCGGAGAUCCAAGCCGAACUACGCUACAUCGCCUCCAGCCCCAGCCGCUUCACUGAAGAAAUCGUCAAGAAGCGCGUCAGCCCACUGGACCUGCUAACCCGCUAUCCAACAAUCAAGCUCCCCAUCGGCGAUUUCCUCGCAAUGCUGCCCCCGAUGCGCGUGCGCCAAUACUCUAUCUCCUCCUCGCCGCUAGUUGACCCAUCCGAGUGCUCGAUCACUUUCAGCGUUCUCAGCGCUCCCGCACUCGCCAGCGCCGCCCCAGAAGGCAACGAAAGCGUCGAGCAAUACCUAGGCGUCGCAUCCAACUACCUCUCCGAGCUUCAAGCCGGUGAACGCGCCCACAUCACCGUCCGCCCCUCACACUCAGGCUUCAAGCCACCAAUUGACCUUGAAACACCGAUGAUCAUGGCCUGCGCGGGUAGCGGUCUCGCGCCGUUCCGUGGAUUCGUCAUGGACCGCGCGGAGAGGAUCCGUGGCCGUCGCAGCUCGCCUGAUUCGGACGAAUUGCAUGACAACGCGACUGUCAAGCCUGCCAAGGCGGUGCUUUAUAUCGGCUGUCGCACGAAGGGCCAGGAUGAUAUCCACUCUGCUGAACUUGCAGAGUGGGCUGCGCUGGGCGCCGUCGAUGUCCGCUGGGCGUAUAGUCGGCCUACUGAUGGAAGCAAGGGACGGCAUGUUCAAGAUCUCAUGCUUGAUGACCGCGAAGAGCUGGUGAAGCUGUUUGAGGAAGGUGCGAAUAUUUAUGUUUGCGGCAGUACUGGUGUUGGUGCUGGUAUUCGCGAGGCUUGCAGAGAGAUGUAUCUCGAGAAGCGCCGUGCGGUGCUCGCCGAGCUUAAGGAGAAGGGGGAGACUCCUCCUAGUGCUGAGCUCGAUGAGGAUCAGGCUGCUGACAAGUUCUUUGAUAAUUUGCGGACAAAGGAGCGGUUCGCGACCGAUGUGUUUACUUAG